AUGACUGCCGAGGAACCUGCUAUCCGCGUGGUCGUAGGAGUGAACGGGAACCCUCUCGAGAUGGAAGUCGACUCAGGAGCGGUGUGCUCCGUGAUCAACGAGAGAACUAUGCGUCAGCUGCGGUUGUCCAAGCACAAGCUGCGACCGUGUGAACUACGUCUUCGCACGUACAACCAGCAGGAAUUGAAGGUGCUAGGCUCCGUGAUGGUUCAAGUCACCUAUAAAGGGCGUCAAAAACGACUGCGUCUCGUCGUGAUCAAGGGAGCAGGCGUAGGCUUGCUUGGCCGAGACUGGUUCAAGGCUCUUGGGAUUGAGCUGAGAGUCAAUCAGCUGGAAGAAGCAACGAACAAUCAGAGCCCGUCCAGCGCAGCAGUGCUGAGUCGUCACGCCGACGUUUUCCAACCAGGUCUAGGCAAGAGCAAGGGACCACCAGAGUUCAAGCCAUUUGUUCGACGGCAGCACGAGUUGUCGGAGUAUCGGGGAUGCCUGCUGUGGGGAUGUAGAGUCAUCAUUCCAGAGCAAGCGAGAGACCAGGUUUUGGAGCUGCUGCAUACCACGCAUCCCGGGAUUGUCCGCAUGAAGGCGCUUGCCAGAAGCACAGUUUGGUGGCCGGGUAUCGACCAAGAUAUCGAAAGGAAGGUCCGAACCUGCCUGCUCUGCCAGGAGACAAGGCCGCAACCUGCACGUGCAAGACUGCAUCCGUGGGAAUUUGCCAGAAACCCAUGGUCCCGAAUCCACAUCGAUUUUGCAGGACCCCUCCAAGGAAAGGUUUUUCUUCUGGUGGUGGAUGCGCAUUCGAAAUGGCUGGAAGUCAUCCAGAUAGCAUCCAUGUCGUCAGCAGCAGUGUGUCAAAGGCUGCGAGUGCUGUUCGCAACACACGGUGUUCCCGACACUAUAGUCUCGGACAAUGGGACAGCGUUCGUCUCACAAGAAUUUGAAGAAUUUUUGCAGAGAAACCAGAUCCGGCACGUUAAGGUGGCGCCAUAUCAUCCAUCGUCAAAUGGCCAAGUGGAGCGCAUGGUCCAAGAAACUAAACAAGUCCUCAGGCGCAUGGAAGGAGGCGACAUGGCCACCAAGUUGGCCCGAUUUCUUUUGAGUCAGCAUAUUCUCCCGCACUCAACGACCGGAAAGAGGCCGGCGGAAUUGUUGAUGGGUCGGAGACUCCGUACUGCACUGGACCGGCUUCACCCAGACCUACAAGCAGAGAUGGUGGACAAGCAAGAGGAACAAGCGCUGCGGGGAAGACAAGGUGUACGCGAAUUCGAGCCGCGAGAACCAGUCUUCAUCCGCAAUUAUUUAGCAGGCCCCAAGUGGCUACCCGGUAUCAUCACUGAGAUCACCGGUCCGGUGUCUUACAAGGUUCGCACCAUCGACGGUCGUUUCUGGAGGCGGCACGUGGACCAAAUCCGGAGACGGGAGUGGAGCACAUACCUGGACGAGGAGGAGCCUACGACAGAGCUGUCACCUCAGCAGCUCUCCUUACCAAGCGAGCCAUCGCUUAGGAAUGAAUCGGUGGAAGAGUGCCCACCAUCUACGAGUCAAGCGGACUUCCCUGAGGAGUCAAACCCAGUGGCAACACCUCCAGCUUCCCCACAACGUUCACCUGCUUCACCCCAUGAACCGAGGCACCAAACAGUGUUGCCAACUUCAGCGCCUGCGCUAGAACAGUCAAAUCGUCCCCAGCGACAACGGCGACGUCCCGACUACCUAAAGGACUAUGUGACCUAGGGGGGAGGGAUGUUGUGUGUUGGCAACCGAGGAUAUCCAGGGAUGC